AUGCGUCAAAAUCUUCAGCUGACUGUGAGAAGCACAGAUCAAAGAGAGGCGAAACGGUCCGCCCAGGGCCACGUGCGCUUAGACUACCUCGCAGCGACUCGGAAUAAAAAAGAAACUCAAAGCACGAAGGAGUCCCUGCGACUAAGCUGCCAUCGCCGGAGUGAGACAGGCCGCGCCGGCUCACGCAGUCCAGAGCCUCCUCUCACCAGCUCGGGCCGCCGGCCACCACCCAGGGCUUCGACGGAGUCCAGGAUGCCGAAGCGUCCAGACCGCGCGCCGGGGCUGCGCACAGAGGGCGGGGGAGGGCGCCCGAACCCAACCCGGCGGGGACGCCGAAGUCCAGGUCCGGCCGCAGCGCAGCGAAGCGUCGCGGGUCAGGGCGGUAACACUAUACAACGAAGACAUACUCAGGACCAUGCCAGUGAGGCGCUUACCUCUGUUUCUCUGGAUGGUGCUUUCCUCUGGUAUUACCUGCGGAGUCAAGACUUGGGUGAGGGUGGCAAAGCUCGUUUGUGUUUAGCUUUCCUCCCUUUCUCCUCCUCGGUGGUGCUCUGCCUCUUCCCAAGAGCAUACUCUUUUCAGAACAGUGCAGGGGGAUCUCUGGGAAUUUUCUGUAAAAUAGGACUUCUGAUUGUACUCACUGGACUGUGGCUGUUCUCUUCAGCAAAGGCAGAUUCAAAAGCCGUUACAACCUCUCUUACAACAAAAUGGUUUUCCACCCCAUUGUUGUCAGAAGCCAGUGAAUUUUUGGCAGAAGACAGUCAAGAGAAAUUUUGGAAUUUUGUAGAAGCUAGUCAAAAUAUUGGAUCAUCAAAUCAUCACGGUACUGAUUAUUCCUAUUAUCAUGCAAUAUUGGAAGCUGCAUUUCAGUUUCUGUCGCCUCUGCAGCAGAAUUUGUUGAAAUUUUGUCUGUCCCUUCGUUCCUACUCAGCAACAAUCCAAGCUUUCCAGCAGAUAGCAGCUGAUGAACCUCCACCAGCUGGAUGUAAUUCAUUUUUUUCAGUGCACGGAAAGACGACUUGUGAUUUUGAUACCCUUGAGACUCUUCUACUAACAGCACCUGAAAGACCAAAACCUUUACUGUUCAAAGGAGAUCACAGAUAUCCCUCAUCUAAUCCUGAAAGCCCAGUGGUGAUUUUCUACUCUGAGAUUGGCUAUGAGGAAUUUUCUAAUUUUCACCACCACCUUGUCUCAAAAAGUAAUGCAGGCAAAAUCAAUUAUGUGUUCAGGCAUUACCUAUCUAAUCCCAGGAACGAGCCUGUCCACCUCUCUGGCUACGGUGUGGAACUGGCCAUUAAGAGCACCGAGUACAAGGCCAAGGAUGAUACUCAGGUGAAAGGAACGGAGUUAAAUACCACAGUGAUUGGUGAAAAUGAUCCUAUUGAUGAAGUUCAAGGAUUCCUCUUUGGAAAAUUAAGAGAUCUGCAUCCUGACCUGAAAGGACAGUUGAAGGAACUCAGAAAGCAUCUAGUGGAGAGCACCAAUGAAAUGGCACCUUUAAAAGUUUGGCAGUUACAAGAUCUCAGUUUCCAGACUGCUGCCCGAAUCUUGGCUGCUCCUGUUGAGUUGGCUUUGGUGGUGAUGAAGGAUCUUAGUCAGAGUUUUCCUGCUAAAGCCAGAGCAAUAACGAAAACAGCUGUGAAUUCGGAACUUAGAAUGGAAGUAGAAGAGAAUCAGAAGUAUUUCAAGGGAACUUUAGGACUACAGCCUGGAGACUCAGCUCUCUUCAUCAAUGGACUUCACAUCGAUUUAGAUACACAGGAUAUAUUCAGUCUGUUUGAUGUGUUGAGGAAUGAAGCUCGGGUAAUGGAGGGUCUGCAUAGAUUGGGAAUAGAAGGUCUUGCUCUGCAUAAUGUUUUGAAGAUGAACAUUCAGCCUUCUGAGGCUGACUAUGCAGUGGACAUCAGGAGUCCUGCCAUUUCGUGGGUCAAUAACCUAGAGGUUGAUAGCAGAUAUAAUUCGUGGCCUUCUAGUCUACAAGAGUUGCUGCGACCCACCUUUCCUGGUGUUAUCCGGCAGAUCAGAAAAAACUUACAUAACAUGGUUUUCAUAGUUGAUCCUGCACAUGAGAACACAGCAGAGUUGAUUAACACAGCUGAGAUGUUCCUCAGUAAUCACAUACCACUAAGAAUUGGUUUUAUCUUUGUGGUUAAUGACUCUGAAGAUGUCGAUGGGAUGCAAGAUGCUGGAGUGGCUGUUCUUAGAGCGUAUAAUUAUGUUGCCCAAGAAGUGGAUGAAUAUCAUGCCUUCCAAACUCUAACACAUAUCUAUAACAAGGUGAGGACUGGAGAAAAAGUGAAAGUUGAACAUGUGGUCGGUGUCCUGGAGAAGAAAUAUCCAUAUGUAGCAGUGAACAGCAUUUUGGGCAUUGACUCAGCUUACGAUCAAAAUCGGAAGGAAGCAAGAGGCUACUAUGCACAGACUGGAGUUGGCCCCCUGCCUGUUGUUCUGUUCAACGGAAUGCCCUUUGAAAAGGAACAGCUGGAUCCUGAUGAGCUGGAAACCAUCACAAUGCACAAAAUCUUGGAAACCACAAGCGUCUUCCAAAGGGCAGUGUACUUGGGUGAACUGUCCCAUGAUCAAGAUGUGGUAGAGUAUAUUAUGAAUCAGCCAAAUGUUGUUCCACGAAUCAAUUCUAGGAUUUUGACAGCUGAGCGAGAUUACCUGGAUUUAACAGCAAGUAAUAACUUUUUUGUGGAUGAUUAUGCUAGAUUUACUGUUUUGGAUUCUCAAGGCAAGACUGCUGCUAUAGCCAAUAGUAUGAACUAUCUGACAAAGAAAGGUAUGUCCUCCAAGGAAAUCUAUGAUGAUUCUUUUAUUAGGCCGGUAACUUUUUGGAUUGUUGGGGAUUUUGAUAGCCCUUCUGGACGACAGUUAUUGUAUGAUGCUAUUAAACAUCAGAAAUCCAGUAACAAUGUUAGAAUAAGCAUGAUCAAUAAUCCUACUGAAGAGAUAAGUUAUGAAAACACCCAGAUCUCCAGAGCCAUCUGGGCAGCUCUCCAGACACAGACCUCCAGCUCUGCGAAGAACUUCAUCACCAAAAUGGCCAAGGAGGAGGCUGCAGAGGCACUGGCCGCGGGAGCCGACGUUGCAGACUUCUCUGUGGGGGGCAUGGAUUUCAGUCUUUUUAAAGAGGUCUUUGAGUCUUCCAAAAUGGAUUUCAUUUUGUCUCAUGCCGUGUACUGCAGGGAUGUUCUGAAGCUGAAGAAGGGACAGAGGGCAGUGAUCAGCAAUGGAAGGGUCAUCGGGCCACUGGAGGAUGGCGAGCUCUUUAAUCAAGACGAUUUCCACCUCCUCGAAAGCAUCAUCUUAAAAACUUCAGGACAGAAAAUAAAAUCUCAUAUUCAGCAACUUCGGGUGGAAGAAGAUGUGGCCAGUGACUUGGUAAUGAAGGUGGAUGCUCUCCUAUCAGCUCAACCAAAAGGAGAUGCAAGAAUUGAGUACCAGAUUUUUGAAGACAGACACAGUGCAAUUAAGCUGAGGCCGAAGGAAGGAGAGACGUACUUUGAUGUCGUGGCUGUCAUUGACCCUGUCACCAGAGAAGCACAGAGACUUGCCCCAUUGCUCUUGGUUUUAACUCAGCUGAUAAACAUGAAUCUGAGAGUAUUUAUGAACUGCCAGUCUAAGCUUUCUGACAUGCCUUUAAAAAGCUUUUACCGUUAUGUCUUAGAACCAGAGAUUGCUUUCACUUCAGACAAUAGCUUUGCUAAGGGUCCAAUAGCAAAAUUUUUGGAUAUGCCUCAGUCUCCACUGUUCACUCUGAAUUUGAAUACACCUGAGAGUUGGAUGGUAGAGUCUGUUAGGACGCCAUAUGAUCUUGAUAAUAUUUAUUUAGAAGAGGUGGACAGCGUAGUGGCUGCUGAGUAUGAGCUGGAGCACCUGUUACUGGAAGGCCAUUGCUAUGACGUCACCACAGGCCAACCCCCUCGAGGACUACAGUUUACCUUAGGAACUGCAGCCCAGCCAGUCAUCGUGGAUACUAUUGUCAUGGCCAAUCUGGGCUACUUUCAGCUAAAAGCCAACCCAGGAGCUUGGAUUCUCAGACUUAGGAAGGGACGCUCUGAAGAUAUUUAUAGAAUCUACAGCCAUGAUGGUACCGACUCUCCUCCUGAUGCUGAGGAAGUUGUGAUCGUCCUCAACAACUUCAAAAGCAAAAUUAUUAAAGUGAAGGUUCAGAAGAAGGCAGACAUGGUGAACGAAGACUUGCUGAGCGAUGGAGCAAGUGAGAACGAAUCUGGAUUUUGGGACUCUUUCAAAUGGGGCUUUACGGGGGGACAGAAGACUGAGGAAGUGAAACAAGAUAAAGAUGACAUCAUUAAUAUAUUCUCCGUUGCAUCUGGUCAUCUCUACGAAAGAUUUCUUCGCAUAAUGAUGUUAUCAGUGCUGAAGAAUACCAAGACUCCUGUGAAAUUCUGGUUCUUGAAGAAUUAUUUGUCCCCCACAUUUAAGGAGUUUAUACCUUACAUGGCAAAUGAAUACAGUUUCCAGUAUGAGCUUGUUCAGUACAAAUGGCCACGGUGGCUUCAUCAACAGACGGAAAAGCAACGUAUUAUCUGGGGCUACAAGAUACUCUUCCUGGAUGUACUUUUCCCACUGGUUGUUGACAAAUUCCUAUUUGUGGAUGCUGAUCAGAUUGUACGCACAGAUCUCAAGGAGUUAAGAGAUUUCAGCUUGGAUGGUGCCCCUUACGGUUAUACCCCUUUCUGUGACAGCCGGAGAGAAAUGGAUGGCUACAGGUUCUGGAAGUCGGGGUAUUGGGCCAGCCAUUUAGCUGGGCGAAAGUAUCACAUCAGUGCACUGUAUGUUGUGGAUCUGAAGAAGUUUAGGAAAAUAGCUGCUGGUGACAGACUCAGGGGACAGUACCAAGGUCUGAGUCAGGAUCCUAACAGCCUUUCAAAUCUUGAUCAAGAUUUGCCCAAUAACAUGAUUCAUCAGGUGCCAAUUAAAUCCCUCCCUCAAGAAUGGCUUUGGUGUGAAACAUGGUGUGAUGAUGCCUCUAAGAAAAGGGCCAAAACCAUCGAUUUGUGUAAUAAUCCAAUGACCAAAGAACCCAAGCUGGAAGCAGCUGUGAGAAUUGUCCCUGAGUGGCAGGACUAUGAUCAAGAGAUCAAACAGCUACAGACCCGCUUUCAGAAGGAGAAAGAACGGGGAAUGCUGUAUAAGGAUAAGACAGAAGAACCUAACCCAAAAGGACCUCAGAAACGUGAAGAAUUAUGAUCCCUGGAGGAAGAUAAGAAAUUACACCAUUUGAAAAACAGUUUUUAUAUUAAAUGCUAAUUUUUUUCUGAUCUGUCUAUACAACUGCUGAUAAACUGGCUGGGCAGGUGUGCCACACCAUUUGGGUAUGAGCAUUGAUUCUGACUUCCACACACCAGUGGGUGCUGGAUCUUUGGGCUUGAGGCACUAUUGGAUUUGUACCU